AUGCUGCCACGUGUCAUCCAUGCGUGUUUCCGCCAGCUGGCAGUGGGCGCCAAGGUGGACUUGCCGGUGUGGAUGGUGCCGGCGCUAGCGAAGCGAAACAUGGUGUCGGCCUUGGAGCCCAGGAUGUUCGGCGAGAGGGUGCGGGACAAGACGCUCACGCGCUUCCUGUUCACCACCUUUGUGGAGCGCUACGCUGACCUGCUCACACGCGCGUUUGUGCUCCCAGAGAAAGAGGUGCCUCGCGUGCGCCGCCUGCUGCCCAAGGAAGAGCAGCAAUGGUAUGCAGCCAUGCGCAGGUACACAGCAUGGCAGGAGCAGAGCUGUAACUGUCUGCUGGUCUCUCCCAUUCUUGGGCGCAGCCUCUCUCGCAAGCGUGCCAGGCUGCCAUUUGCUGAUGUGAGCAACAACAAUGGCAACACUAGUGCCAGCACUGAUGGUGGAGAACGAGAGAAGGGUGCAGGAUGGGGAGGUGGAAGCACAUCAAGCAGUGGCUGGGGUGCUGGUUCUGUAGGAGACGGGUAUGAUGGGCGACCUGGUGGGAACCAGAGACAACGGAGCAACGGCAACGGCAGCAGCAACGGAAAUAAAAAUGGACAGGCCACCACGGGGAAGUUUCAGUAUGUAGUGAGAUUAGACCUGACCGGGGUUGAGCUAACUGGAUCUUUACCCACAACGUUAGGAUCACUGUAUCAACCUACUGCUAUUGUCCUCAGCCGCAACAGCUUCUCAGGCUCGUCCAUUCCGAGCCAGCUCGGCCAGUUAACGAGCCUACAGGCGCUUCUGCUCACCAACUGCCAGCUGGUUGGGUCCAUACCUGACAGCCUCGGCAGCAUGACGAGCCUGACGUACCUCAGCCUCGGGCAGAACCUGCUGGAAGGUCCCGUACCUCCGUUCCUCUUCACUUCUCUACAAUCCCUGGCGAUUCUUGGCCUGAAUAACAAUAACCUAGGCGGGGAGAUUCCCCCAGAGAUUGCCUUAGCGCCUCAGCUGCUGAACCUAUCGCUUCACGUGAACAAUCUGACGGGAAGCAUUCCAAGUACAUUGGGCAGCGGAGGUGGGGGGUUGCAGCUGAGACAGCUGCAGCUGCAUCAGAAUCAGCUCACAGGGACGAUACCCGGGUCUGUUGGGAACCUGCUUGCUCUUGAAACAUUCACAGUGUACAGAAACGCGCUGCUGGGACCUCUCCCGAGUUUCAUGGGUAAAUUUCCUUCCAGCUCGUACCGAGAGAAUGGGUUCUGCAGCACCCAAACAGGAGGGAUCGUAGGCCUGGUGCUGCCAAACCUGGACCUGACAGGCUCGGUGACGUCAUCAUUGGCGAACCUGACAACAUUGGCGGCCAUAGUUCUCAAGAACAACAACUUAAGCGGCUCCAUUCCGGAUUCCCUCACGUCCUUAAGCCAGCUCACCCUGCUUGACGUCAGCAACAACCGCCUGUCCGGCCCUUUGCCUGCAUUCCCCCCCCAAGUCGAGGUGGUUACCACUGGUAACAGUUUUGGACCGGAACCAACACCAGCUCCGUCCUCCGCCCCUUCCCCACCGCCCGCCCCCUCUCCUGCCGCUCCUUCCUCCUCUCCACCUUCUUCCCCUCCCCCUGCCCCAUCCUCCUCCCCCGCUCCCCCAUCUGGCCCCACUCCCCCGUCCACCUCCCCCCCGUCCUCCCCCCCAUCCUCACCCGCGCCCCCAUCCUCCCCUUCCCCUGGAGUCCCAUCCCCCCCUUCCGCCCCCUCCCCAUCCGCAUCAGAGGCGCCUGGGGGAGCUGGUGGGGGGACGGAUGCAGGGGCAGGGCUGGUGGUGGGGGUGGUGGUGGCGGCAGCAGUGGUGGCGCUGGUGGCGGGGCUGGCUGUGGGGUGGUGCUGCUGCGUCCGCCCAGGCAAGGGCAAGAAGCUUCCCCAAACGGCCCCCCACCCCGCCACCUCCUCCGUAAACCCUUUGGCAGCACCUGGACCGCCAGCAGCCGGAGCAGGAGGAGCAGGAGGAGAGGGAACAGCAGAAGGAGCAGGAGCAGGAGCAGGAGCAGGAACAGGAGCAGGAGGAGCAGUGAUAGCGCAUGCGCGGUUGGCACUGGGAGGGGGGCUGACAAUGAGCAUAGAGGUGAUUCGCGGGGCAACGGGGGGCUUCUCCCCCAGUCACGUGGUGGGGAGGGGCGGGUUUGGCACGGUGUACCGGGGGGACAUGCCUGAUGGGAGCACAGUGGCCGUCAAGAGGAUGGAAGCAGGACCCGUCACUGAAGCAGGCACUCGAGAGUUCUUGGCGGAGGUGGGAGUGCUGUGCAAGGUGCGACAUCGCAAUCUGGUGGCGCUGCUGGGCCAUGUUAUGGACCACCACGAGCGCCUGCUGGUCUUUGAAUACAUGCACCUGGGCCCGCUGAGUCAGCAUCUCUUUGACCCGACUCGCCACGGCCACCGUCCGCUGACGUGGACGGAGCGGCUGGUGGUGGCGGUGGACGUGGCGAGGGGCGUGGAGUAUCUGCACAGCCUGGCGGGCGGGCGUGACUCCAUCGUGCACCGCGACUUAAAGCCCGCCAACGUGCUUCUGGACAGCCGGCGCCGUGCCAAGGUGGCCGAUUUUGGCCUGGCGAAGCUAUUGCUGCGACCGAUGCUGCCGCCCGGCGGAGGAUCAGGGAGGGAAGGGGGGUGUGGCAGAGGGAUGGAUUCGGAGAUUGCUCCGUCAGUUGAGACGCGACUGGCUGGCACGUUUGGGUAUCUGGCGCCGGAAUACGCAGCCAUGGGUAGAGUGACAACACGCUCGGACGUCUACAGCUUUGGCGUUAUCCUCAUGGAACUGUUCACUGGCCGGCGAGCCGUGGACACAUCCCGGCCUGAUCUGUCAGCGCAUCUAGCCACGUUCCUCCUCCCCAUCAUCCCCGACCGCUCCAAGCUUGCCCAGGUGGGUGGUGAUGUGGAAAGAAGCUGGGAGGAGAACUGGGAAGAGGGGGAGAUGGGAAGGUGGGAAGGGAGCCACAGGGUGGUGGACCCUGCCAUAGCAGCAGGCAUGGCAGACCACGCCAGUCAGGCGUUUGCCUCGCUGUGCAAGGUGGCAGAUCUGGCGCUGCACU